CAUGAAGAGCUUUAAUUACGGUUUAUGAAAUGUUUGUGAAAGCGACUACAUUGUAUUUCACACGGCGUUUAUUUCAAAGGUCAACAGCUAAUGAAUUUGUCUCCUAGCAUUUCUUUUUAGUGGAAAUUAUAUAUUCGUAAGUAACAAUUUGUUUCCAAGCCAAGCCCAAGCCAAGGAUGGGAAGUUCUUCCUCUACAUCAGGACAUUUGUCCAGCUCUGCUUGCACCCAGUUUGUGCAGGAUGUGAUAUCUAAUAAUUGUGUCGUAAUAUUCUCGAAGACCACCUGUCCAUAUUGUAAAAUGGCCAAGAAUGUGUUCAAUGAAAUAGGGGCCAAAUACAAAGUGAUUGAACUGGAUCAGCACCGUGAUGGUAGGAUGCUUCAGGAAGCAUUGGCACAAAUGACUGGUGCUAGAACGGUACCAAGAGUGUUUGUUAAUGGAAACUGCAUUGGAGGAGGCUCAGAUACAAAAGAACUUCAUAAUCAGGGGAAGUUGGUGCCCCUCAUUGAGCAGUGUUCCACUUGCCCAGUGAAAGUGGAUAAUCAGGACUCGGGCAGUGGACAUUUUAAAUAAAGGCAAUUUUAAAUAACUGAUAUCACCCAUAUAACUGUCUGUGUAAUGUUAUUUAUGGAAAAGUGGUUGUUGGUUAUUGACAUUUCAAAUGUUUUUUUUUUCUGUUUUUGGUCAGGGAUGUCUGUCAUUUCUUACU